AUGGACCAGAGGACAGGAACCAGGGGACAGGAACCAGAGGACAGGCACCAGAGGACAGGAACCAGAGGACAGGGACCAGAGGACAGGGACCAGAGGACAGGGACCAGAGGACAGGGACCAGAGGACAGGAACCAGAGGACAGGAACCAGAGGACAGGAACCAGAGGACAGGGACCAGAGGACAGGGACCAGAGGACAGGCACCAGAGGACAGGCACCAGAGGACAGGCACCAGAGGACAGGAACCAGAGGACAGGGACCAGAGGACAGGAACCAUAGUACAGGGACUAGAGGACAGGCACCAGAGGACAGGAACCAGAAGACAAGAACCAGAGGACAGGGACCAGAGGACAGGAACCAGAAGACAGGGACCAGAGGACAGGCACCAAAGGACAGGGACCAGAGGACAUGGACCAGAGGACAAGAACCAGAGGACAGGAACCAGAGGAGAGGAACCACAGGACAGGGACCAAAGGACCAGAGGACAAGAACCAGAGGACAGGAACCAGAGGACAGGGACCAGAGGAGAGGAACCAGAGGAGAGGAACCAGAGGACAGGGACCAGAGGACAGGCACCAGAGGACAGGCACCAGAGGACAGGAACCAGAGGACAGGAACCAGAGGAGAUGAACCAGAUGACAGGGACCAGAGGACAGGAACCAGAGGACAGGGACCAGAGGACAGGGACCAGAGGACAGGGACCAGAGGACAGGGACCAGAGGACAAGGACCAGAGGAGAGGAACCACAGGACAGGGACCAAAGAACCAGAGGACAAGAACCAGAGGACAGGAACCAGAGGACAGGGACCAGAGGACAGGGACCAGAGGACAGGAACCAGAGGACAGGAACCAGAGGACAGGGACCAGAGGACAGGGACCAGAGGACAGGAACCAGAGGACAGGAACCAAAGGACAGGGACCAGAAGACAGGAACCAGAGGACAAGAACCAGAGGACAAGAACCACAUGACAGGCACCAGAGGACAGGGACCAGAGGACAGGAACCAGGGGACAGGGACCAAAGGACGGGAACCAGAGGACAGGAACCAGAGGACAAGAACCAGAGGACAGGCACCAGAGGACAGGCACCAGAGGACAUGA